CGCCCUGAGGGCCACCCCUCCGACCCCUCGGGAUUUCCAGGGUUCCCCCCAACCCAAUCCCGCCAAAUGCAGGGCCCCCUCAUCGGGCCAGGCUCUGCUGGGACGUCCAACCAAAAAUGUUCAGUUUCUCCUUUUUUCCCUUUACCCAGUGACUCAGUCUCAAGGCCUGGAGUCAGAAGGAGGGAGGAAGAAAGGCACUUUUUAAUACAAAACCCUGAAUUUGUCCAAAUUGAGACGGUCUUGAAGAAUUUGGGAAGCAGAUUUGAGAAGUGAAGAAUCAGUUAUCUUUUUUCCCCGCGCUCCUGAGGAACCAGUCUUUUAUUCCACCUCUUGGGUGGAAUGGAAGGCACUCGGAUAAACGCUGACUUUUUUAUCCUCUUUGUUGCUGUCUCCUAAAAGAGAUCCAGAUGCAUUCAUUUUACCUCAGAAAUGACCAAGAAUUUUAGAAAUUAGCAACUUGAUAUUGUAUAUUUGGUCAUCACUGAAAAGUGCCCCUUUCUUUAGAAAAGAAAUGUAGAAAACUCAAAAAAUAUUUUAACAGGUUAAGUCUGUUUCUAGAAAACCCUGAAUCUUGAGCCCCUCUGAAAUUCUGAAGCUUGGUGGGUCUAAGAAGGGAUAUUUUUGGUUGCUUAAUUCCAGUUGUCUUUACUACCUUGCCCCUCACGAGAAUAUUUGCUGGUCCCUGGAUUUUUUUUCCAUAUUUACAAAUUUGAGGAAAUGAAAUUAAAAAUCUAUUGCAUUCCAUUACUUCUGAAAGUAGGCUUUUCUAAACUUUUCUCUCAGGGAUUAUGGCUGAUUUGCAGUUGAUGGCGGCAGGCCUUGGGGCUCUCUUAAAUUUUUAAGGACUUGCCAUGCCUAAUUAGUGUUGGGCACAUGCUGGUUAUCUUAUAGGUACUGGAGAUUGUAGAACUUGAUUAUUUAGCAUUGGGAUAGUGGGAAAGAUUUUUAAUUCUGAACACUGUAAUCUUUUUAACUAUUGUAAUAUGACACGUCACAUCUACAUUGGAAGGUCAAAUGGAAGGUCAAACUUUGUAUGGUUAACUAUCAUACCACUUUCUCGUGAUUGGAUUGUUGAGUGGGUAACUAAGGUUUUAAGAAUGUUAUCAACUCUGAGGUAGACAUUAGUAUUUCCAUUUUAAAGAAACUGAAAGACUAAUUCAGCGUUCUAGGUUACAAAACUAGUCAAAAGGCUGAGCAAGGAUUUUCAUUUGAAGUCGGAUAUGAUUCCUAGGGAAAGUAUAUAAUAAUCUGAAAUGCAUAGGUCUGUGUAGAAUGCAUUUUGCUACUUUUAAAAUGUUCGUGAUUUACAGUAUAAAGAAUAUGAAGAGAUUUGGCUUACAAAAAUAAUAUGGUGAAAAUAAGUUUUAUUUAUUAAACUAUAAGUGACAGGGACUCUUCCAUACAUUUAAUCCAGUUUGGCUGGUUUUCUUACCUGCAUUUUAUAAAUGAGGAAGCUUGCUUAGUUUUUUGUUUGUUUGUUAGUUUUUUGUACCUGAGAUGCUCAAGAUUUAAACCCCAGGGUAUUCUUUACUCCCCUUUCCUUCAUCAUCCACAUCUAAUACAGGACAUCCCCAACCUCUCUUGACUUUAUCCUUCUAAAAAGAUCUCAGAUCUAUCCAGUUAUCUUUAUUUCUGCUGCGGCCAUCUGAGUCUCAGGUACCCAACUCUCUGAACUCCUGUGAUAGGCACCUCCAACUAGCCUCCCUGCUUUCACUUGAAUCUUCCUACUAUCCAUUUUCCACAGUUGCCCAUCUUUUUUUUUUUUUUUUGACGUAAACCAAAUGUCUCUACUUAGAACCCCUCAAAGGCUCUUUUUUACACACUAAAUAAAAGCCAGUAUACCCUAAAAAUCCUAUAGAGCAUACUGUACCUCUCCAACUUUCAUUUUCAAGCAAUUCUUCCCCUAGCUCACAAAGUCACAGCCCUGCAGGCCUUCCUCCUCCUUGAAAGCUCAACACUUGUCCUUCCAGUGUCCACCUCUGUCUGGUUUUUCACAAGGCUUUCAGGUGUCAGGAUUUCACCUCCAAAUGAUUUUGCAUGACUAGUUUCUUUUCUACUCCACACCCUGUCACUAAAGAGGCAUUGGAUAAAUGAAUGAAGUGGCAGAACUAGACUCUUAACCCUCAUCUGUCUGAGUCAAGAGGUCACAGAACCGUGUGAUACUUUUUUUUCCUUCCAGGGUAAUAUCAGAUCAAUUACAUUUCCCAAAUUGUUUAGGCGCAUUUGGCUUGGUCAUGGGGAAGCACUGAACUAGUUAAAAAACAUGGAAUUAGCUUUUUACAGUCUUUCAGCUUCCUUUUUUAAAUAAAAGAUGGUAUUCAGUUUAUUUUGCAGUAUAAACUUCACACUCUAAAUCUACAACCAGCAUCCAGAUUUUGGAACCAAUGAAAGGAACCAAAGUUCCUUGGAGAAAUAACAGAUUUUCUGGCUGGAACAGGAAAAAUACAAGAUGAUCGUGGAGCAUCUUGUGUAGUGCCAAAAAGUUGUAAAGAAGAAAGUUCCACUGUCUCUGUCAAAAUGAAGUGUGAUUUUAACUAUAACCAUGUUCAUUCUGGAAUUAAACCGGUAAAGCCUGAUGACAGUAGAAGACAAGGUUCCUACACUACUGCGAAUUUGGAAGGUUCUUAUAAAGACUUCAUUAAAGACUAUGAAAGGUUAUCAGAUAUUGGGUCACCGAUUGUGAGCCCCAGGAUUGUAGAACUUGAAACUGAGAGCAAGCCCUUGCAUAAUAAGGAAAAUCUACAUGUACAGCAAACACUUCAGAGUUCAAAUGACAUAGAAGAACUAGAGACCAGUGGACCUUAUGAAGACAGUGGCUACUCUUCAUUUUCCCAGCAAAGUGGCCUCAAUGAACAUGAAGACAGUAGCCUUCCCCUGGUGGAAAAUUUCAGUGACAGUCCACAAUCUUGCCUGCUACGGACACAAAGCCCAGACCAAUAUCCCAACAAAAACUUGCUGCCGGCUCUUCAUUUUGAAAAAGUGGUUUGUUCAACAUUAAAAAAAAAUUGUAAACGAAAUCCUAAAAUAGAUUGGGAGAAGCUCAAGGAAUUUAUAUCCAGUGGAAAUUUUAGACUACAGAAUAUAAUUGGCAGGAAAAUGGGCCUAGACUGUGUAGAUAUUCUCAGUGAACUCUUUCGAAGGGGACUCAAACAUCUCUUAGGAAAUAUUUUGACACAGCUCAGUGAUAUGGACUUAAUCAAUGUGUCUAAAGUGAGCACAACUUGGAAGAAGAUUCUAGAAGAUGAUAAGGGGGCAUUGCAAUUGUACAAUAAAGCAAUACAAAGAAUUACCGAAAAGAACAUUAAGUUUUCACCACACGCUUCAACCAGAGACUAUGUUUUAUUCAGAACCCCAUUAGUAUCUGUGCAAAAGUCAGCCACCCAGACUCUCCCCAAAAAAGAAGCUCAAACCAAGUUACCUGAUCCAGGUGAUCAGAAAGGUUCUACUUACAGUCGACACAGUGAAUUCUCUGAGGCUGCCAGAACUUUGAAAAAGAAUGAGAGCCUCAAAGCCUGUAUUCGCUGUAAUUCACCUGCAAAAUACGAUUGUUAUUUACAACGGGCAACCUGUAAACGAGAAGGCUGUGGAUUUGAUUAUUGCACAAGGUGCCUGUGUAAUUAUCAUACCACUGAAGACUGUUCAAAUGGCAAGCCCCUAAAAGCCAGUUAUAAAAUGGGUCCUUUGCCUGGUACUAAGAAAAGCAAGAAGAAUUUACGACGACUGUGAUCUCUUAAUAAAUCAGUUGUAAGUGAUCUUGAAGGUUAGUUAGAAAAUGUUAGGUUUUAACUUAAAAAAAUAAAUGUACUAUGAUGUUCAAUUUUAUGUUGAAAUCAGUGUAGUACAUGGGUUUUUUUUCCCUCAGUGAGAAGAGAGGAUACACAAACUCUUAAAAUAUUUUACAAUUUAAUGUGAAAAAAUUCAAAAUUCUCAAUCUAAAUCAGAAAAUUUAAAUAUUUUAAGAAAAACUUUUUCUGAUGAUUGUGAUUCAGAGGUAAAAUAAAAUUGUCUCGAUUUUAUGGUAAAGGAGGACCAUGUAAUUUUACCUGGACAAUCUUAAAUGUAAAUCUUCUUUACCAUCCAUUAGCAUUUGAGACAAUUUAUUUGCUUUACCAAAUUAAUAAUACCUAUUGAAAUAUCAGCUUCUGGUGUCUGUUAAUUUAAAUGUUUUGUCACCUUUCUUGAACCUCUUUUUCAGUGUGUGUAUUUCCCAAAAAAGUAUCUUUUGUGAAAUCUUGCUUUUCGUUUUUCGUAAGGUUUGUAUGUUUUAAUAUUUUGUACAUAUGUAAAUAUUUCUGUAUUUUUUAUGUGCCAGAGUAAGAAAAUAAAUGUCUUUUGUAUAUACAUGUAAAUAAAUUUUUCUCCUGUUAUGAAUAAAAUUGUCACAAGCGUAAUAAAUAAUGUGAGUCUUUUAUUUAAACAUUUUAAACUUAGAAACAGCUGAAAUAAGAAGCUGUAGGACACUGCCUGGUAUGUGUGAAGGCAUUGAGUGGGUCUUUGUCUGCUUAUCUGAGGACCUUGUGAGAUUGAUUACCAGGCUCUGUUCCAGGCUCUAUUCCAGUUUUCUCCCCACCUAGUAUCCUAGUAGUUGUGUAGUUGGGUCUUGAAAUAAGCAUCUCAGGAUGGUUCAAUACAGGAGGACCAUAAAACACUCUUUGAGGAAUACUGGUGUAUUAAUUCACUCAUCACUAAGACAGUUAAACUGUAUGGCUUAAACAGCCACAAAAGAAAUAUAUAAAACUAUACUAGAAAGAUUAAAAGUAGUAUGUAGAAUAAAAUGUUGUCUUUGACUGCAAUCAGAGCUUUUGUGCUAAUAAGAGCCCAGGAUAAGGACUUUUUUUUUUUUAUUCCUUAAUUCUAAAGUUGAAUAUAUUUUGGUUUCAAUUACAGAUAUGGAGGAAUUAAAGAGUUUUAAUUCAGAUCUACCAAAGGCAUAGACUUAAAGGUGGGCCACACAGGUGCUCUCAGUCAGUAGGUCCUCACAGAAGCUUAAGGGCUUUGCCCUUGAUCUCAGCAGAAACCUAAGAGGAUUUAUCUCAAGUGGGUUUGUGGGUGUGUCUUUUGUCUAAUGGAGUAGAACCUCCAAUAAAAUUAACACAGGUUUGCUUAAGCUUUGUUGAUGUAAAUUGACAGACAAAAAAUAUUAAAGUGUAUAAUUUGAUGUUUUGACAUAUGCGUGCAUGAAGCCAUCAUUAUUGCUGGAACGAAGGUAAUGAAUAUUACCAUCAUCCACCGGGUUUUUCCUGCUUAUUUGUAAUCCCUCCUGUUAGUCCCCAGGCAAUCACUGAUCUGUCACUGUAGAUUGGUUUGCCUUUCCUAGAAUUUUGUAUAAAUGAAAUAAUUAUGUGUUACUUGUCUGACUACUUUCAAAGAACAUUACUUUGAGAUUCAUCCAUUUUGUGUGUACCAGUAGUUCAUCCCUGUUUCUUAAGCAAUAUACUAUUGGAUAUACCAGUUUGUUCAUAUGUAUGUUCACCCUGGUAGUUGGACAUUUGGAUUUUUUGCCCAGUUUUUUGCUAUUAGAAAUGAAGGUGCUGUAAUCAUUUGUAUAUGAGUCUUUGCAAGUGGUGUUCUUUCAUUUCUCUUGGUAAAUAUCUAGUAGUGGAAUUUUUGGAUUAUAUGGUCAGUGUAUGUUUAACUUCUUAAGAAAAUACCAAAAUGUUUCCAAAGUGGCUGUACCAUUUUACAUUCUCACCAGCAGUGUAUGAGCAUCCCAUUUAUCUCAUGUGGUCAUCAGCACUUGGUAUAGUCUGUCUUUAAUUUUAGCCAUUUUAAUGUGUAUGUAGCAGUAUGUCAUGGUUUUAAUUUACAUCUCCCUAAUAACUAAUGAUGUUUGGCAUUGUUAUUUGCCAUCAUACAUUUUCUUUGGGCAAGUGUCUAUCAAAUGAUUUGUGUGUGUGUGUGUUAUUAUUGAUAUGUGAGAGUAUAUACUCUGAGUACAAGUGCUUUAUCAGGGUGUGUCUUGUCUUUCAUUUUCCUAGUGUCUGGAAGAGUUUUUAUUUUUGAUCAAGUAUAAAUUAUCAAUUAUUUGUCUUUAAUACAUCAUGCUUUUGGUGUUACAUCUCAGAAAUUUGCCUAUCCUAAGAGCAUAUAUAUCUUUCUCCUAUGUUUUCUUCUAGAAGCUUUAUAGUUUUAAAUUUAACAUUUAGGUCUAUGAUCCACUUGCAGUUUACAUUUGGAACAUAGUGGGAGGUAUCUACUGAAAUGAGUGUCCGCUUGUUCCAGCAUCAUUUGUUGACAUAUCCUUUCUUUACUGAAACGACUUUUCAUCUUGGUCAAAAAUCAGUUUUACAUAAACAUGGGGGACUAUUUCAGGACUCUAUUCUGUUGAAUUGACCUAUUUGUCUCUCGAACUCCAAAACCACACUGCCUUGAUAACUAGCUUUAUGUCUUAAAAUGAAGUAGUGACAGUCCUUUUUUCUUUUAUUUCACAAAAAAUAUUUUCUAAGUUGUUUAUCGUAGGUCCUUUGCAUUUCUACAUAAAUUUUAUAAUUAACUUGACAAUUUCUACAAAAAUACAUAAUGGUAUUUUGAUUGAGAUUGCAAUGAACCUAUUAAUCUAUUGGAUUAGGUUAGGAGGAGAGAAUUGUCAUCUCAACAACAUUGAGUUUUCCAACCUGUGUACGCAGUUAUUCCAUUUAUUUACAUUUUUUAAAAUUUCUGUUAGCGAUGUUUUGUCUUUUAAGCGUCAUGUUUUGCACAU